CGUGCGCUGCAGGGGCUUCUUAGUAAAAAGACCUUGAAAUAAAUCCCCGUGACCUCUCUCUCUCUCCCCCCCAAAUCUCAACUCAUCAACGCAUGACUUCAAAAAUUUCUCCAAAUCCGCUCAUCUCUCUCACAUUUCCUCUCAAUCUCUCCCCAAAUCCACUCACGAAUAUGAGCCGCCGCUUUCUCCUCCGACGAGAACAGCCCUCCUCCGACGACAUCAGCCCUCCUCCGGCGAGACUCGUUGCCGCUGUUCCCCCAAAGACACCAUCACCGAGGAGUUCGGAAUGGAGUCAGAAAAUUCAACUACUGUAGAGUUCGGAAUGGGAGAAUCAAGUAUCAUUAGAAGUGGAAUUGCAGCCAAUACUGUAAAUCAUCCUAAACCACUACUUGGAAUGAAGUUUAAUAGUUAUGAAGAAGCUUAUAACUAUUAUAACUCUUAUGCAUUGUUGAUGGGUUUUGGAAUAAGGAAGAGCACGGUAAAUUACUCUCGCAAAACUAGAGAAGUGGUAGACAGAAAGUUUGUUUGUGAUAAGGAGGGCUAUAAAUCUAAUAGAGACAAGAUAGAGAUCUCUCUUCGGCGAGAGACGCGAGUGGGAUGUAAGGCAAUGAUGCGAGUUAAAUUAUUGGAGGACAAAUCGUGGGAGGUCACGGGGUUUGUUGAAGAACAUAUAAAUCAUGUGUUGAGUAGUCCAGACAAAGCAAAAAUGCACAGAUCACAUCAACAAUUCCAUAAAACUCAAAGAUGUAAAAAACUUAUUGAUAGUCUGCGAGAAGAAGGUAUGCCUCCUUCCACUAUUUCUCGCGUCAUUAAUGCAACUAAUGGAAGAGAAGGUGAAAUAGUGACACCACAACAAUGCAUUGAUCAUAUCAGAACCCAAAGAGUCAACAAUAUUGGUCAUGAAUGCAUAUCUAUCAUUCGUCAUUUUCAGAGUAUGACAGCGAAUGAUCCAGAAUUUUAUUUUGCAGUAGAAGUGGACAGUAGUGGACAAAUGAGGAGUGUUUUCUGGGUCGAUGGAAGAUCAAGAGCAUCUUAUUUGCAAUUCAGUGAUGUUAUUGUGUUUUAUGUGACAUACAGAACUAAUAAGUUCAGUCUUUCAUUUGCUCCAUUUACUGAUGUAAAUCACCAUAGGCAGUCUACUUUACUUGGUUGUGCAUUAUUAGUCGAUGAACAGGAAGAUACAUUUGUGUGGUUAUUUCAAGAAUGGCUGAAAUGCAUGCAUGGCGUUGAACCAGGUGCUAUUAUAACAGAUCAGGAUAGAGCAAUGUGUAAUGCUAUUCACUCAGUGUUUCCAACAACAAGACACCAUUAUUGCUUUUGGCACAUGCAAAAGCACAUUAUGGAUCAUUUGCCUACUUUGGGGUCUCGUUAUGGUGAACAGUUUCAAAGGUAUUGGGGCUUGUGGUAUAAUAGUGCUUCAAUUGAACAAUGUGAAGAAUAUUGGCUUAAGAUGAAGGAGAAGUUUGAUAUAAAUGAAGAAGGUAAGGGAUGGUUACAAACAGUUUACAAAUGUUGAGAACACUGGGUGCCAUGUUUUCUAAAGGACACUUUUUUUGCUGGAAUGAGAUCGAGCCAAAGGAGUGAAAGUGUUAAUGCAUUUUUUGAUGGGUAUGUUAACUCGCAGACUCAAUUACACGAGUUUGUGACACAAUAUGAAAAAGCAGUAACUCAUCAUCGCUUAAGUGAAGCCCAUGAAGAUUUUAAGAGUCUUAACACAAAGCUUGUCAUGCUCCUUGGACAUUCAAUUAAGGUCCAAGCUGGAGAAAUGUAUACACGCAAUAUGUUUGAUGUAUUCCAAACUGAAUUCAAAGGAUUUGGUACAGAGCUUUGUGAAGAAUUGAGAAAAGAUGGGGAUAUUGUUGAAUACAAGAUCUGUAAGUUUACAGAUAGAGGAAAAUGGGAGGUGGUUACUUAUGAACAAUCUAGUCAUAUGCAGUUCCGUUGCACUUGUGCUUUGUUUGAAACUAAUGGUGUUGUAUGUAGACAUAUAUUGUCGUUAAUGAUGGCUAGGCAGAUGGAUUCAUUACCCGACCAUUACAUCCUACACCGUUAGACUAUACAUGCCCGACAUCGUAACAUUGGGGUUGGCAACAUUAUAUUUGGAAGAAACAUCACACGCUGUGAAGAGAAGAUUAAUUUAUUGAAAUCUUGGGCUUUAAGAGCAAAAUUCAAUAAUGCGCUCGAGCUUGCAUUUGCUUCAGAAGAGAAGAUGCAAAAACUAGAUGAUGUGCUAACAAAUUUCAUAGAAUCACUAGACGAAGAAGUUGGAGAAACUCAAGAUCAAAUGGUGGAUAUUCCUCAAAUUUUUGCACCCAUCUCACAUACAAUGGAGCACAUUCCUUAGAUUACAGUUCGUGAUCCUGAUAGACUUGCAAGGACUAAAGGUCGUCCACGCAAUGCUACUAUAAUCCAGUCAGGUUUAGAACAAGCACAAGAAAAGAAAGAAAGGAAGAAACGUAUAUGUAGCAGAUGUGGUGAACUCGGGCAUUAUAGAACUAGCUGUAAAGUCAACUUGCCAAGGUAUAAUUAAUAUUUUUUCAUGAAACUUUUUUUGUUUGAUUAAAUUCUCAGUAAUGAUUAUUUUGUAAUGUAAUUUGCAGCCAAAUUCUCGGUAAUGAUUAAAUUUUUCUCGGUAAUGAAGGGCUUAAUAUUUUUGAGCUAUCUUGUAAAAUCCAAGUGAAUAGCAUCAAUGGUGGGUGGUUGGAACACAGGUUGAGCAUUCUCUAUUAUGCAGCUAUCUUGUAAUGUGAUUUGAGCUUAUAUUCAGCUACUUUGGUUGUAACUUUGGAGGUUAAGUCUUUGAUGAAACUCUGUUUGAUGUUGUAACUCAUGAUGUAGCACUGUUUGAUGCUUGUAGCUUUGCUGUAGCUUAUAUUUAGCUACUUUGGUUAUAGCUCAAUUCUCUUUUAUGCAGCUAUCUUGUAAUGUGAUUUGAGCUUAUAUGCAGCUAUCUUGUAAUGAUUAUUCAGCUACUUUGGUUGCA